AUGAAAUUGUCUCAAGUGCUAUUUAGACAACACAUAGAUUUUAUGUUUAAAAGACAUUGGCUUGUGCAAGGUAAACGCGUGCCAAUUGAUUCAGGUAUAGAAGAAUAUUUAAAGGAAAAAGGUAUUCCAGUUGAAGAUGCACUGGAAUUCGUUAAGGAGAAACCUGAAGUUAGGGAGAGAAUUAAUAUUAUUGGUCUAUACAAACAGCCUCUGCCAUUAAAUGAAUCACAUCCAGAAUAUAAAGAAAAGCCUUGUUUGACUUUGAAAAACACUAAUGUUCUUCUUGAAGGUAUCUCUCAAGCUCAGGUGCUUACAAAGACUAUUAUUGCAGAAGAUAAAUUACCUCAAAGAAUUGAAGAGCUUGCUGAUUUGCCAGCUCCCAAAGCUGUUCAUAAAGGUGUCAAGCAAGCAAUUCUAAGUGCAAAUGUAUUUGAUUGUGAGCAAAAGAAGUUACCUAAAAUUAAGGUUUCAGAUAGACCAGCUUAUAAUUUUCCUAGAGUAUUAGGAAUUACUGAUAGUAGACGAAACCAAAUACUAACAAACAAAUUACUACAAUUGGUGGAAAAAAGCAAUGAUAUUGAAGUCACCCAAAACAAAUAUGUUGUGGAUGAUAUUAACUGUCAAAGUGUGUUUGACAAAGAAGGCGAGCUGAUACAGUUCCAAGAUGUAUCUAACAUCUUAAUUAUAAGCAACAAGCCCUUAAAACAUGAGCUAAAUGAAUCAGAUAUACCUUUUAUCGAAAUUCCGGAUUUAUACCCAGUAAAACAUACUGUUACAUUGGAACCUGAACACUUUUACAGUGAAAAUAGUAAAUACCCUAUACGACCCAAUAUAUCAGUAAAGCAUCCACAUACUACUUGGCUACACUUCAAUACCACAGAAGUUUCUAAUAUCUUUGAAACUCCUGUUACUCCAAGCCAAAUAUUGGGGCGCUCCCUCACUCAUGCAUUUACAGUUGCUUCAUCAUAUGCAAAACAACUAUAUGGGGAGGAUGUAAAAGACCUACCUGAACCAAUACAUAUCAAUUGUAUUCAAACAGAUGGCCAACGCUUCCAUUUUGGAGUGUUGGAGUUAAAAACACUCAAUGUUGAUGGUACUGAAGGCAAAAAGAACAUUUGGUACUGCAAAAAUGACAUCAAAUUAUAUGACUCUUGUAGAUACUUAAGUGCAAUGCCAGUUCUCGAGAAUUAUAAUCCUAAAGUAUAUGGAUAUAUUAACGCUUUUUAUAAUUGU